CUUGACGUCUCGUCCUCUGUUGCUGUUGAUUCCCGCGAUGCAUUGACAGAGGAAAAUCCCCACCAUUUGCGAGCGCUCGACGUCUCGCCGUUUCCCUCACCCCGCGCCGCCGCCGCCAGAAAGCCCUCGCGGCUCAAUGGCGGUGUGCGCGGAGCUGAACCAGCUGCAGCACAUCGAGCCCUCCCGCUUCAUCUCCUUCUCCUUCCCCAACCCUUUCCUCCACGACGCCUCCAACCCUUACAGCGACGCCGACGACCACGCGGAGUUCCUCCGGGUGGCCGUUGUCGACUCCCCUGCCCCCGCGGCGCCAUCCCCGACCGCGCCGAGGACGGCGGCGAUGCUCGUCCCGGCCGGCCGGCACCGGGACUGGAUCUUCUCCACCCGCGCCGGGCAGCUCCACCUCCUCCUCUCCUCCCGAUCCCAGUGCACAAUCUCUCGCCUUAUACUCGUCGGCCCAGAGAUCCCCACUCCCUCCCCUCGGGUCGUUUGCUCCGCCGCCGCUCGCCCGGACCCGGAUCCUGCUCGCGCGCGGCUCCUCCCCCUCCUCCUGGCCCUCUGCCCCAGGGCUGCGUUUGGCAACGGUGCCAUCCCUGACGUCCCGCUGCUCUCCUUCCACGACGACCUCCUUCGGCUUGUUCCUGUCCAGCUUGUCGCCGGUCCUGUCGUCGGCGAGAUGCUUGUCGAGGAUGUGGCCGUGGACUGCGCUCCUGGCCCGGCCGAGUUGCGCCGGAGGCUGCGUUUCAAGCGCAUGCCGUGCCUUAUACAGACCCAGGUGCGCCUUGCCUGGCCAAUGUCUGCUGCUGCUUCUGCUGCUUCUUCGUUGUUGGAGGCAUUGGAGGAGGGGCCUGCUAGUUCGUUACAGCCUGAGGUGGGUGGACCAUUAGUCCAGCCUUACCUCCAGGCCAUGGUUGCCGGCCUUGCACUCAUCGACUCAUCGGUGGAGGAGAAUGCUCGGUCAGGUGCAAGGCCGAGGUGCCUCUGCGCUGGCAUUGGUGGUGGAGCUCUUCCAAUGUCCAUCAGGGUGGGACUUGGCUUCGAUGUACUGGGCGUCGAGUCUGAUUGUGUUGUCCUAGACGUCGCAAGGAACUAUUUUGGACUGGUGGAGGAUGAGUUCCUUCAUGUACGUGUUGGCGAUGCUAUUCAAAUGAUUCAGGAUUUUGCACAUGGAGAUGAGCCUGAUUCGAAAUUCAGUGCAAUUAUGGUGGAUCUUGACUCCCCUGAUGCAAUGUGUGGUGUCAGUGCGCCGCCAUUGGAGAUGACCCAUAGAAGCAUCCUUCUUGCUGCACGCAGAAUUCUACAUCAUGAUGGAGUGCUGGUACUGAAUGUAAUCCCUCCUGCUGCUGAUGCAUCCUUCUACAAAGGGCUGAUUGAUGUUCUUCACCAGGUUUUCUCUGAGUUAUAUGAGAUAGAUGUUGGUAAUGGUGAAAAUUUUGUUCUUGUUGCCAGAGUGUCACCGACUGAAAGCACCCUUCUUGAUAGUUCAAGGCUCUUUCGGACGGAAUUGAGGAAAUUAACUGGGGAUUUUUUGGAACGUAUAAGAAAAGUUGAAAUUCCAAGUUAGUGUUGCUGUUUGAAGUCAUGACCUACAGAGAGGCUGUUCCAGACUUAUAUUUGGGUCUGAUAUAUAGUGCUAAGGUCAUGGCUAUAUUAGAAUUUUGACAGUACUAUUCUGAUACCCAAUCAAGAAAGCCUGUUUGAGCAUUACUACAGAACUGCUGGGUUUGCUUUUGUUAUUUUGCUGCUAUGCAAACUGAGCAUUUGCUGCUGUGCUUUAGAUCAUAUCUGAGUGAGCAAUACCUGAACUUCAUAUUGUCUUCCAAGGCUGAAUACUUUAGGAGGAGCGACAAUUUUUUUGAAAAUCAAUGGUGGAAAGUGCCGGGAUAAAGAACUCUGGCAAGUUCGCUUCAAUCCAGGAGCUGUGGAAUACCAAUUUUUUUGUAAGUUCACUACCAGUUAAUGGUUAAUGCCACAUGUUGACAAGCUUAGGCAGCGAUUCAGGGUGCAACAAGAUCUACUAAGUUACAUGAGAUGCUCUUUAUCCUUCAUCAACUGAUUGGUGCAUAUUUUCAUGAAGAUUGUUCUGUCCUGCCAACCAUUGUACGACAGUAAAGUGUUUGUCAUGACACUAGUAGAUAUAAUUCGAAAAUUAUUUAUGUACCAGAAUUCUAGUUUAGCCAUUUGAAACUUCGUUUUUCUUUACGUUCCGAUGAGCAGGAAUUUUGUUUUACUGUCAAGAAGAAUUAUUGUGUAGUGAUUUAGCUCAAAGCAGAAUACAUCAAAUGACAUCACUACUUAAUUACAUAUUCAGUUGUUUCAAAUUUAGCCUUGUUAUUAGAUUAUCAUAUUAUAUGUCAAUUGCCUUUUAUGGGGUAUAAAAAUGCUCUAUAAAUAUGCUUUUAAGGUUGCCUUGUUCAGUAAACUCGUCUACAGCGUGAUUUGAGUAACACAAUCCAUAGCAUAUACAAUUGAUCUCUCCUUUUCCCCUAUUUGCUUUUAGGUUGGAAUUGAUGUCAGUUUGGUUUGAACGAGAAAAAGAGUGGUUACCAAUUAUUUAGCUGGGCAGGAAACUUUCUGCUUACCUAGAUGGUGGGAUCAACUUUAUUCAAUCAAGCUUCUUGGAUGAGCAACAUCCAUAUGUUUAUCUGCUGUGAUGUGUACAGCAAUUAAACGACGAAUCUGUAGCGGAAGAAAUGCCAAAAUGGGAGCAAAUGAUUUCAUCAGUUGGAGAGAGUUCAUAAACAGAUGUUUCGGUGGAGUACUCCACCGUUGAACAUGCCUAGUGGCCUGAACAUUUCAACCAGUUCACCAAGGAUGUGUUCAGACAUCUCACAUGUUGUAGAUUUUGUCAGAACCCAAUAUGUCGCCACUAUUGCUUUUUCUCGGUUCGUACUCUGCUGUAGUUUGGUUAUUUCGAUUAAAGAAACGCCGGGUUGAACGAAGGGGUAAGGGAAUCUCCAACGUCAUCCCCAAAUCA